AUGCCAAGGUGCAGACCUGCGGUGGUAUUGUGUAUUGCAUGCCUCCGUGUUUCAACAAGUGCAGGCUUGCAGGCUGUCACGUUGCCCAGUGGCUUCCGCGUCUUGAAGCUACCGCUCAAAGUCGCAAGAGAUGCGAGGUCUGAGCUUGAUGCCUGCCUGUCUCAAAAUCGAAGAAAGCUGGAGAUGCAGUUCUCUUUCACCACUCUGAAUGGCGGCCGUGGCCGAUUGAGGAGCCUCCCGGGUCCAGAUGCCUACCCGGCCUGCGAUCGCCUCAUGACAGCAAGCGAGAAGAGCUUUGGCCUGGCCUGUGAUCGGGCCUUGGUGCAGGUCAUGGUCCGGCAGUACCAGCCGGGGCGGGGCUUGAAGCUGCACGUCGACAGCAAGGAAAUGUUCGAGGUGCUCAAAGGGCUCACGGGGCUAGCAUCCCAUGGCUUGGCAGAGGAGCCUGUUCUGGCAGUGGUCCUUUGUGCUGGAGGCGCCGGUGAAGCCACGGUGCCGGUGGUGGAGACGACGGGCCUGGCCAUGUGCUUCCAAGGGGAAGCCCGCUACGACUGGGGCCAUAAGGUUCCGCCGGUUUCAGAGCGACGCUUGUCCAUCACCUGGCGCUGGUUCUGUCGGAGCUACCUUGACCGCUUUGACUUCCUUGAUCAGCCAGUGUGA